AUGUCGGAUAAUCACCAUUUCUCCACCACCACCACCACCGAAUCAUCCUCUACCCUCACCUUUAUGACCGCCUUGAUGCUUACCACCCCCUACUCGACUAAACUCACCGCCUCUCUCACCUCCCCAAUUGACAAAUUCCCUCCCUCCUCCUCCGAUAUCUGGGAUUCUGACAAUGACAAUGGAUGGCAGGACAUGCCGGUCAUGAAUAUGGACGAGCUUCGAGGGACACUCACAACACUCACCACCUCAACCGCCUCCAAAUCUGCCUCCUCCCCACAUGACAAAUUCCCUCCCUCUUCCUCCAACAUCUGGGAUUUCGACAACGACGAUGGAUGGCAGGACAUGCUGAUGGUGCAUACAGACAAUGAGAGUGGGAGUAGUAAAGUGGGGAGAGAAGGGAGCAUGAGUGAAGUAGGAGGGAAUGCAAUGAGUACGGUGUUGGAUAUGGAUGAAUACGGUAGAUGGGAAGUGAAGAUCCUCCUGUCCCCAAACACAUCACCCUUGACAUGUGAUACACCCUCCCAACCAACCACUUGUGUACGACUCCUGUUCCCGGUCUCUCCUCUUCCACAUCGGCUCCCACCUCUCCCUCUCCUGGUGAAGGCAUUGGUGAAUCCAGGGGCAGAUUCCAGAACAGCUCCACCGCAGUCUUGGACCAAGUCCUCCGCCUCUGUUAAGAUCAUGUACACCAUGUAA